AUCAGCUCUUACUCUCCCACUCUUGCUUUCCAACAUCAGAUGCUGUACCGGCUCCCCGCCUCGCGUGGCCGGAACGAGAACACGAGGGCAGCUGAACCCUCCACGACCCCAUGAGUUUGGUUUGGCCUGCCAGUGAGUAGGAGCUCUAUGUGGAUGAAGAGUUGAAGAAGGGUCAUCUGGGACUAGUGGUGAGCUGGUCGCACCACCUGCAGCUCUACGCAGCAUCUCCCCCUCCCACCUCCCUCUUUUCUCAGCCUAAACCCGCCGUCCUCUGCCUCACCCUUUCCUCACACUUCUCGUGGGGACCACACACACGCCAGCCAUGUCUGUCUUGGCCUCACCCGCACCCGGCCUCCUCCUCCUCCCCCUCCUCCUCUUCCUCAUCCCGCUGCCUCCCUGCCAGACGGAGUCCCAGCGCGGCGACCUCAGCAGCAGCGACCCGAGCAGCGACCCCGAGUACCGAGCGGUCUCGCCCUCCAUGUUCCCCUCCUCCUUCUCCCCUUACAUGUCCUACGCCAACAGCACCGGGCCUGGCAUCAAGGAGAAGUGCGGGGAAGUGUCGGUGUGCAGGCCCGGCAUCCUGCUGCCCGUCUGGCAGCCAAACCGGCCCGGGGUCGGCGAGCAGGUGGCCAGAGCGGUGGUCUACUUUGCGUCACUCAUGUACAUGUUCAUGGGAGUGUCCAUCAUCGCAGACCGCUUCAUGGCGUCCAUAGAGGUCAUCACGUCCCAGGAGAAAGAGGUGACCAUCACCAUGCCGAACGGGGAGACGUCGGUGGCGACGGUUCGAAUCUGGAACGAAACGGUGUCCAAUCUGACGCUCAUGGCUCUCGGCUCCAGCGCUCCGGAGAUACUGCUGUCUGUUAUAGAGGUGUGCGGCCACAACUUCGAAGCCGGCGAGAUUGGCCCAUCGACCAUCGUCGGCAGCGCCGCCUUCAACAUGUUCGUGAUCAUCGGGAUCUGCGUGUGGACGAUCCCCGCAGGCGAGACCCGCAAGAUCAAGCACCUGCGGGUGUUCUUCAUCACCGCCUUCUGGAGCAUCUUCGCCUACAUCUGGCUCUUCCUCAUCCUGUACGUCAUAUCGCCGGGCGUCGUGGAGGUGUGGGAGGCCCUGGUCACCUUGCUGUACUUCCCUGUGUGUGUACUCCUGGCCUGGAUCGCUGACCGCCGCCUGCUCUUCUACAAGUACAUGGGCAAACGCUACCGCGCCGACAAGCGCCACGGCAUCGUCGUGGAGACCGAGGGAGACCCGACACCCAACAAGGGCGGCAUGGAGAUGAUCAUAGACGGCAAGUUCACGCCGCGGGGGGGCGCCGUGAUGCCUGCCGAGAACUGCGGAGUCGGGACUCAGGACGGCGCGGUGGGCGCCGUGCCCAAUAACGUCGGCCUGCCCAACUCCAACAGCGCCAUGGUGAACAUGGAGAGCAGCAAGGAGCUGGACGAGAGCCGCAAAGAGGUAAUUCGUAUCCUGAAGGAGCUGAAGCAGAAGUAUCCAGACAAAGAGCUGGACCAGCUGGUGGAGCUGGCCAACUACUACGCUCUGCUGCACCAACAGAAGAGCAGGGCCUUCUACCGCAUACAGGCGACUCGCAUGAUGAUCGGAGCCGGUAAUGUCCUGAAGAGGCACGCAGCCGAGAACGCGCGCCGCACGGCGGUGACCGACGAGGAGGCGCCAGAAGAAGAAGACCUGGGAGACUACAGCCGCAUCUCCUUCGAAAGCGCCCACAGCCAGUGCAUGGAGAACUGCGGCAAGCUGACGCUGGCUGUGGUCUGCCACGGAGGUCUGGGAGAGAACACCUUCUACGUGGACUACAGGACGGAGGACGGCUCAGCCAACGCCGGGUCGGACUACGAGUACCGCGAAGGAACGCUGGUGUUCAAACCCGGAGAGACCCGCAGGGAGAUUAAGGUCGGCAUAAUCGACGACGACAUAUUCGAAGAGGACGAGCACUUCUUCGUGCGCCUGCUGAACCUACGUGUCGGCGACGCAGAGGGGAUGUUUGAGAGCGACGAGGUGGGCGCCGCCCCCAAAGGUCGCCUGAUGGAGCCUCUGGUCACCACGGUGACCAUUCUGGACGACGACCAUGCCGGCAUCUUCACGUUCAGGGAGCGCAUGGUGCGGGUCAGCGAGAGCGUGGGCACCAUGGAGGUGACGGUGGUGCGCAACUCCGGCGCCCGCGGCACCGUCAUCCUGCCGUACCGCAGCGAGUCGGGCACCGCCAAGUCUGGCAAGGACUACGAGGACGCCCGGGGAGAGCUGGAGUUCAACAACGACCAGACCAUUCAGACCUUCCAGGUGAGGAUAAUUGAUGACGAAGAAUACGAGAAACAUGAAAACUUCUUCAUCGUGCUAGAGGAGCCACGCUGGCUGAAGAGAGGAAUCUCAGCGCUGCUUCUCAACCAAGAGGGAGCGGAGGGGCAGAUGAGCGCAGAGGGGGAGGAGGCCCGGAGGAUAGCUGAGAUGGGGAAGCCCAUCCUGGGAGAGCACAGCCGCCUGGAGGUGGUCAUCGAGGAGUCCUAUGAGUUCAAGAGCACCGUGGACAAGCUCAUUAAGAAGACCAACCUGGCGCUGGUGAUCGGCACACACUCCUGGAGGGAGCAGUUUGUGGAGGCGGUCACUGUCAGCGCAGGUGACGGAGACGAUGACGAGGGCUGCGAGGAACGCCUUCCCUCCUGCUACGACUACGUCAUGCAUUUCAUCACCGUCUUCUGGAAGGUCCUGUUCGCCUGCGUCCCUCCCACUGAGUGCUGGAACGGCUGGGCCUGCUUCCUGGUAUCCAUCAGCUCCAUCGGCCUCCUCACCGCCUUCAUCGGGGACCUGGCGUCCCACUUCGGCUGCACCGUCGGCCUCCGGGACACCGUGACCGCCGUGGUGUUUGUGGCACUGGGAACCUCCAUUCCAGACACCUUCGCCAGCAAAGUGUCCGCCAUGCAGGACCAGCACGCCGACGCGUCCAUCGGCAACGUCACCGGCAGCAACGCCGUCAACGUGUUCCUGGGCAUCGGCGUGGCGUGGUCAGUGGCCGCCAUCUACUGGCGGAUCAAGGGGGAGGAGUUCAAGGUGGACCCGGGCUCGCUGGCCUUCUCUGUCACGCUCUUCACCGUAUUCGCCUUUAUCUGCAUGGGCGUGCUGAUGUACCGACGGCGGCCCUCCAUCGGCGGCGAGCUCGGGGGCCCGAGGGGGGCCCGCCUGGUCACUUGCCUGCUGUUCCUGGGCCUGUGGUUCCUCUACAUCCUCUUCUCCAGCCUGGAGGCCUACUGCCACAUCAGCGGCUUUUAAAGAAAACGGGAGAAAAUGUUUUACGGAAGAACAGCAACACACACACUCACACACACACACACUUCAACAACACGUAGCGCUACACAGUUCCACAUGAAACAAAUGUAAGGUUCAUCUGUUUGAUAGGGCUCACUGCGCCCCCUGGUCUUAGACACAGGGAUACUGAUGUUCUCACUUUCUCACACACACACACACACACACAUACACACUAUACGUGCGCAUGUGUAAACAGAUCAUAACGAAACACCCGCACCAUGACGUCAGGGCGAGAGGAAGUGUGAGUGAGGGGUGCUGUAAGGUUAGCAGAGAGGGGAGACAAGGAUUAUGAAGUUGAAGUUUUGAAAAGGAGGUCAUAGAAGGUCACACGUCAAAACCGAACAAAGGAGAAACGGAAAGCAAAAAAAACCUCUCUCCUCCGCAUUGACCGUCUUUUCCCCGCGCUGCUUUGCAUCUCUUCUCCGCUGAGGAGGCGGAGCGUCGUGUAGACAAAACAAAUAAACAAAAAGUACAAAAAAGGAGUGGAAUGUUUACAACAACAUUUAGCUUGUUUACUACAGCGGGUCAUCGGAAAGCGCCGAUGCUCGUCUAACACGGCGUUGAGCUGAAGGCGGUUCUCCUCAAACGCUGUACAUAGUCAAAACCCCUCUUCUGGUUGUAUAUAUGCAUAGAGUGGCGUGUUUUCAGCAGCUACAGAGAAAAAGAAAAGGAGGACAACAGGCUUGAACGGCACACAUUCCCAUCAGUUAGAAAGUGCAGACGACCUGGGAUGUUUGUUUUUUUGGCAACAUACGAUUAGAGUCUUAAGCGGACCAAACAAAAACAAAACAAUAAGUUUAUGACGAGCCAUAUCUCCCUGGCGUCCCGCGUUGCUCUCAGCUGCAUCUCUGGUUUUAAUGGAAACCAUAGCAUUGCUCUGACAUUGACGUUUGAAUAUCAAAGCCUUUUUCUUUUUUGCAUGACGUGUAGUCAGAUAGGGAGCCACUUUUACGGGUCACAAAUAUGUUAUGUAAAAUAGACGAAUGAUAAGAAUUCACUGUAAAUUUGAUCCUUGCAUUUGUUUGUCAGCUGGUCCGUUAUGUUACAUGUUCUUAUAUAAAGCUGCGUGUGUGUGUGUGUGUGUGUGCGUGCAUUUUGAUUGUACUCUGCACAGCGAGUGUGUGUGUCUGUGUGUGUUAAACACACACACACACACGCUGUAUGGAGUGCAAUCAUAAUUCUUUUUGCUCCACCCAGGGUGAUCCCUCACCUUUAGUGAAGGCAGCUCGGGGUCACACAAACACCGGAGCGUGGACCUAACAGUGUUAGUUUACUCUCAACAGCGAAGCCUCUAAAGCCAUUGAAUUAAAAUGAACGUCAUUUGGAAAUAAGAAAUUCCAGUCGUUGACAUUCAGCCUCCAGCAUAUUGCGCACCACUUUUAGUUAGGACGCAGGACCACACUGAUGCUUCAGCGAUGGUACCUAUUCAAUGCCUUAAGGGGAACUCUCAAGUAAAUAAUCUAGUAUUCGAGCUUUCAGCUGUACAAAAGCUGCACUUUAAUUUAAUGCGGUGUAAAACGUGCUGUGUUUUACCUGUAGUCGACAAACUUACUAUGGUCUAUCUAAUGUUCUACAGACUCUGUUGACAGCCCGCGGGUCAGCAGACAGUCAUUGAAGUCAUAACCACGGCAUAGGCGAUGGGGAAACCCCAUUUAGAGAAGCCUGCACAUGUCGCUCAGUGUUGCAUGGCAGAGCUGGAAGCAUACAUGUUCACAAACUACUGAAAAAUAUAUGCUAAUGUUGCGUUGACACCAAAAGCGAAGCAAAUUUGUGCAUUGCGUUCCUCGUAGCCAGUAGACAGUUUGAUGACCUGUUGGCUCGGAUCGGUGCCAGCAUCUCAACACUCAUAGGCUUUCGCGAAAACAGUGUUACGCAAAUGUAGCACCCCGAAUAGAAAUAUUUGAAUUGACACGAAUUUUGCAAUUUCGAGAUUUUGCAUUAUGCAUUCACGCCACUCAGCGACAAUUUGUCGCCACUCAGCGUCAUUGCAUUGAGUUUGUACAGAAUUUACUUGAACGAAAAAAAAUUGCUUCGUUGUUGGUGUGAACGCAGUAUAAGUAGGUACGUAACAUAAAAAUUUGCAUAACAGCGAAAACACCCGACAUUUCAGGUUUGUUGCUUUCGAACAUAAAGCUUAGUGUGUUCAAUAAAAUGAAGAAGCAACAAAAACAGUGGAAUGUAGUGAGCCAUGUGCAACACGCGGGAUGCUAAUUAUGUAGUUAGCUGUUAGCUUAAACCGUCGAGGAAGGUUUGUGCACAUUAAAGGUGACGUUAUAAUUACCGUUAAAAUCUAAUAUUAAUUUACCUUCAAUACGUUGCACUUUGUGCUGCAGGUGCAUCACCGUCAUGAUCACCCACAAAUGAUCGAAUAUUAUCAGAAAAUAAUUGAUUUGUUUUACCCUUAACGAUAUACUUUGUAAUACUUUCUAAAACCAGAUUUUGUAUUUUUUUUCCUUACAGAUACAGAAAAGGCAGAUUGUUUUCUACUUCUAAACAACGUUUAAACUAAGUAUAACCAUAUAUACACUCGGUAAAUUUAGCGGAUUCGAUUUUGAUACAUUUUCCACAGUUUAGUGUAUCAUACCCCAAACCCAUCUACUUUACCGCAGUGCGAGGUUACUUAUUUAGAUAUCUAUUUAUUUAUUUACAAGAAGAGGAUUUAUCUAUGAAUGAGCGGUGACUGCAGGUCCUUGAGGCGAACAGCUUGGCAGUUCCGUUUCGAGGAGAGUUGUGGUUUUGAAGUGCAAUAUGGAAGAAAAAAACGAUUACUCAUUGUAGUUCGCUUUUGAGACGAGAGGUCAGUUCACACCUGUGUUCUUCUCUUCUCUUCCUGCUCCAGUAUUAGUGGUAUACCUCCGCCGACGCUCUUUUCGCCGUUCGGGUUCUCUCGUAGGAGGAUUUGUAUUUGUUAUUUGUAGGAGUGUAAGUAGCAUGUUUACAUGAGGAAACAGUGUGGGACGCUGUGCCAUGGUCAGUCUCAGCUAAAGGAAGCUUAAGAAUAACUUUCUGGAGAUAGUAAUGGUGGCCGUGGGGCAGGUGAGGUUGUAACAGAAGCGAAACUGUAGUUGCCUCACUGAACCACCCGGUGGGACCAAGAGAACACAUGCACACACACACACAUGCAUACACACAACUGCUGUGGCAUGGUUGGGCGAAGAAUUAUCAUCCCGGCGGGGGUAACUACGUCUGAUGGUGUCCCUGGCCGAAAACAGAACAAUGUCCGGACUACGUUUUCCAUGAACUUCUGUUACUACUUACCGUCUGGCUUCGGCCUCUUGUUGUUCUGUAGCUAGAUGUGAUGCCUCCCCAUCCAGCAUCUCCUCCUUUUCCUCGACCCCCCCACCCUCCAAGUGUGCAUCGGUGUUCGCUUCCCCCAUUCGUGUCCUUCUGCAAGAUGCAUGUUGAAUCCCCCCCUCCCUCCUCUCUGUGUAUGUGUGUGUAGUAGCAUGGUCUACUGUGAUGGACGCCUUGGAGGCAUUAUUUUACCCGCGGGGUUAACGUUCGAAUAUCCCAAACACCAUGAGGCUCUGACUAAGUAAAAGGGCAAGUGGCACACACAGAGACAACAGCCGCGGCUCCAUAUAUAUGUUAAAAGGAGGCGAGGGAGCCAGUGUCUCCUGCUCUUACGGUUACCUGAGGAGCUGUGAAAGAGAGCUCUCUGUGUCAUAGCUCCGGGUUCACAUGCCAGGUCAUCUGUUUUUGGUUUGUUGGUGUACAAUAUUUCUCUGUCUGUGUUAGUGUUCCCCUCUUCUUCUUCUUCUUCUUCUUCUUCUUCUUCGCUUCAUUCUCUUUGUUCUUCUACUCUCUUCCUCUUCUCCUUGUCUUCUCUCCUUCUCCUCCUCCUUGUCCUAUUUGCUCCCUCCCAGUCUUGCUCUCCAAUGUGUCUCCCUGUGCAGUUUUUUCCUGUAAUGAAAAUGUCUCUCUCUCUCUACCUAAACCGUUGUAGGGAAAUAACGACUGAGUUACUACAAUAUCAUGUGAUAGAAAUAAACAUGUAUUCAAUACUGUAAUAAAUUAUUAACUUAAAGUUGAGAUUUAAUUUUUUUAAUGAAAUGCUGAGAACAUGGCAUGAGGUGUAAUGUAUACCGAAAGAAAAUGAAGGUCUUUAAUUAAAUGACAUGGACCAUAUUUGAAUAUAGUUUAUUUAUUUUCAAGGCGUA